AUGCGAGCAAUACUGAUUCAGACAAGCAACAAACUGGUCGACAAAGACUACCAUAGCAUCACGGAGGCGCUCUUUCAAUAUGCAUUGUCCGAAAAGCACGCCUAUUACAGAAGCAGAUCAAACAGUUCAACUGCUGGAAGGCUACGGGACUGUGCCGAAGCCUUGCGACUGGUCUUGGAAAUCUCGUCAGGCAAGCUCAGACGCAAGACAUUGCUGUCGGUCGUUGACCACAUUGUACAGACUCUUCCAGCUCCUGAUGGCACCCAAGUCGUGCCGCUCUUUGCGGACUACGUCAAGGCUCUUAUGACAUUACUGGCUCAUCCCCCGAAUGUCGAAUUGCUUGCUCAGUUGGAUGGCGAAGGGUGGUUCACGUCGGUCGAUUUUGUCACCCAACUUCUUCAGCGAGAUCAGCCAGCUCCUGAUAGAGACUCGGCUUCCGCACGCAGCUCACCAGCUCCAACCGGCGGCUUCUCUGCCUCGCUGGUGACAUCCAGCAGCAGGUCAGCCCUGGUCUUGGGCAGAGGCAAGACUGGUGGUACCACUCACACGAUUACAGACGCCUUGACAAAAUGCAUUUUCUACCUCUCACAGUCGCCAAAUGCGCCCUUACUGGAGCGCGGCCACUCACUAUCGUACGCCGCAGUUCGAUUGCUCGAAGGCCAGUCUUCUUCUAUGAACCAGCUGCAAUUCUAUGCAUUCGCUACCAUAAAUCAAGUCCUGUUACAGAUCGGGGCAGACGAUAUCGAGCUGGCAAACUCGCUAGCCGCGGAAGUCUUACCUCUUGUCAUCUUCUGGUGGCGGGCAAAGGAUUCAAAUAAGGACGCGCUUGUCAACAGCAUUAGGACCGAAAUGCUCAGUCUAAUGCUGCAGCUUGAGCCACAUCUCGAGUAUCUGAUUUGCCAGUCUCCAGAAUCAGCUCUAUGUGCACACGUUGACGAGCUGGCCGAUGUCUUGUGGGACGAGUAUUCACACAGAGAUGCAAAUACGCAGCUUCAGCUCGACCACCUCGUGUUCUACGAUGACACUGCGGUCUCCGCGGCCACUCCAUUCACGUAUGGGUGGUUUGCAUUAAAACCAUUUGGUGUUGAGCACGAGAGCAAAUGGGGAAUCAUACAAGUUCUCGCUCAGGUGGAGGCUCUGACGCGGCGAGAAUCCGCCACUUCAUCUCACAGGGUCGACACUGAUGAACAACCACGAAAGCGGCAGCGAACUACUCGGGGCCCAAACAGCUUACGCCAACGACUGCAGAGUCCGGACAAACUGAUACAGCAGGUCGCCUUACAAGUAGUGUCGUUCUUUGCAUCGCGCGAAACACUCCGUGCCGAUGAGAUCCACGAUCUGCUUUCUCUGCUCGUGAAUUUCCUCGGGCACAAAGACACAAAAUUCUCGUCAUGGGCAAUGAUAUCCUGCGCGAGCCUCUCCUAUCAGGCCAACGCACUGCAUUCUUCCUUGUCCCAUCUCUGGCGACAAGCAUGGCAACUUGCGGUCCGGGUAGUUGGCAUGAGUUCAACCAGUCGUGCAUCUAGCGUUCUGCUCACAUCUGUCAUGACGAAUAAUGUCCUGGAGUAUCGCGAGAUUGCCGGCGACCUUGGUAGCAUUGUGAACACCUCAGAGACGAAUGGGCCCGCAAUCGUGCUGGACUCAACCUUGAUGCUCAUGGCCACCGUACUGCGAGUGAUGAACCAUCAAGUUCCUAAUUCGAGUUACAACACAUGCACACGUAUCAUACGAUGGGCGUUCCUGAGGUGGGACCCAGCCGAUGAGACCUACAUUGCCAAUUAUUCAAGACACUGCAAUCCUCUUGACCUUUUCAAUCUCCUGGCAGCUGCAUCGGGCCUGACGCCUUUCAAGAAUCCUGGCGCAUACAAGACUUACCAUGGGCCGAUCGGGGAGACACUGAGCGUUAUCAAGGACCGAGCCGACAUCCUGGGUUACAUUCUCUUACUCAGUAGCGCAGACCUGACGCAAACCUCACCACCUUCAGCAGAGCGAGCAAGCAUACCUUCAUCAAAUGCCGCGAGUGCCUCCACAUCUCAAGCAACCAGGAAACUGGCGACAGAACUUCUCUAUCCCAAGAUCGAGGAGGUCCUUGAUCUCUGUGGCAGCUGGUCGUCUCAAAGGGAGCAGAAGAAUGCGGCUGUGUAUAUCACUCGAGAAAAGCUGCAAAGCGCGCUAAGUAGCCUGAUCACAGCGGCGCUGUGCCUGCCACAUCUGGUAGGAGAGCAAAGCCGUCAAUGGCAAGACAUGGAGCUGAGCAUCUUCUCAACCCUGAGCAGCCUUCUCGACAAUGUUGCGAUGAACGCCGACCUGGAGUCCUUGCACCAGUGUAUCCUCAGCCUAGUUCGGCGCUAUCUUCCAAGUCUACUCAGUGAACAGACCAGCAAGCUGCCGCAUGCCUGGUCGCAACUCCAUCGGCUGCUCGCGGAUGUUUCGAAGGCCAUCCGACAGGGGCCCAGCAGCAGCUUAGGUGCAGAUACAGAGCCAGAGAUGGACGUCGAUGACGACUUCGAUGAUUACCGAGGAGCGUCGCGGAAGAAGUCAAAACAAGUCGAGGUGCCACGUCGGGAGUCUGCCAUCGCAGCAAGCUCUACUGCAUUUUUCGCGGACACGGCACAACGAUUGCGUUUCGUGGAACUGCUGUACGAAGACAAGAAUCAAAUUGGGCUCAUCCCGACGACAUUCCUUGGGGAACUUUUGUCCUGCCCAGACGAACAGUUGCUGCUUUGCCGCGACUUGAUCAAAGAUAUUGUCGAGACUGAUUUGAUCAUCCACCCAGACGAUGCUUGUGCCAUUAUCGAACGCGCUGGAAUGCUGAUUGGACGUUCGGCGUAUUCCGGUUGCGAAGUAGCGCUUGAUUUAUGUCUAGACGUCAUGCAAGGGCUCAUGCCAAUGUGGUCUGAAGGUAAAGGCGAGAUGGCUCUACAAGUGGGCGACUUGUACACCUUCUUCUUGACCAGAGGCCUUGGAAACAACAUAUUGUCGCCGGAUGGACACAAGCGAUUCGCAAGCUUGCUCCUUCGUCUGACACAGCUGCAUGACAAGUUUCUGGAAGAAAAUGGGCUCGAGCCAACGACGAAAUCCCUCCUGAACCUCAUGGGCUCCGCAAACAUUCCGGUCAAAUUUUAUAUCGGUCAAAGGCUGCCGGCAUUGUUCGGACGUUUUGUCCUAAAGGUCCACGAUGAAGUUUUCGUCGAUGUUCUUGACAGCCUCCCGAACGAUAUAGCGUCGUUCGAGGGUAUCUCAUUGCGGCUGUACGUCCUGUCGGAACUGGCCAAGACGUGGCCUACGCUGCUCCGCCGAUGUGUAUACCAUAUUUUCGAAACACCAGGCAACAUCCCGAGGUCUAAACCACACGCGACGCAUUGCCUCGAGGUCAUUUCCAAGAACCUGAAGCUCAGCAGCCCGCAAGAAUUGUUCGACCUUUUCGCACCGCAGCUCCUGUAUACAUGGCUUGAAAACGACACCUUUGACGUCAUUCCUUUCGAGAUAUUCAGUUUUGAUGUCCGCGAGGACCUGCUGAAGAGAGCUCAGGCCGAGAUACUGGCAGUCAUGAUAAUACGAGGGCAGGAUGAGGCAAUCACCGAAUUUGCUGCCGCCCUCGAGGCUCCGGUUGACCAGCUCUUCCAGCGAAGCUUCUCCAAGAUCAUAGCAUACAGCAUGGCACAUGAUAUCAGUGUACCUCGGCCUCAACAUGGCUUGAGCGGAGAAAGUCGAGUCCGAAAGAUACUAGGCCGUGAAAGGUUCCUUGAAAACAUAUAUGUCAACUUCGCAGACAUUCUCGCCGUGUUCUUUUUCCUCAUGGAUCAAGAGGACCCAAUCGAGCGUUCCUGGUCCAAGGAUGAGCAAUUCAAUUACGCUGCGGCUGCAAUGGCGGAGAUUCGCGACUGUGGACACUCCGAUGUGGUUCUGGCUGCCAACCAACAGCCAACAUAUCGAGCAAAGUAUCUGAACCGAGAGAUUGCCCUCCUAUGCAGCCGUACGGAGUAUGAGCCACAUUUACUCUGGACGCCCGCAUUGGUUGUCAAAGUCGCAAGACGCCUUUUGGUCAGCGUACACCCCGCCCUCGGACCACUUCAUGCAUGUGCAGUUCUUCGGAAAGUUCGGGUGCUUGUGUGCCUGGCUGGCCCUCACGCACUGAGUGCAUACCCAUUGAUGAUGUUGCUACAUUAUAUUCGACCGUUCAUCGUGGAACCCGAGUCAGCCGAUGAUGCUUUGGGCUUGACCAAGUACAUGCUAGAGAGGGGUUCCGACAGCCUCACUCAAUGUCCAUCAUUCCUUGCAGGUUAUGCGUUGUCCAUUCUUGCCUCGCUCCGGGUUUUCCUCGAGAGCACACAGUCAAGCACCACGCAAGAAAGCCAAUUCAAAGCAACCAUGAGCAAGGCACAGCAGUUUCAUGUGUGGCUCCAGCGUUUCCUUGACAAGUACGAGUCGCCCAUCCUUCACACUGAGCAAUCACGAGCCGCAUUCAAGGUUAUUACACAGUCCGCUGCACACAUCCGCUCCUCUGGCAAUGCAGAGAAAGACACGCACGAGAGUCGAUUGUUGUUAGAAAUUCUCCACGACAAGACGAAUCGCACAUCUCUGCUCAACGAAUCAUCUCGGGAACUCGCCUUGGCUCUUCUCUGUGGGAAGUUCAGAGUUCCUGAGUCUGUUGAUAUCGACGUGAUUGGGGAUGAUUUGACUGCUAGGGAGAUCUCGCAAGCUGUCUGGGACAGUUGCCAUGCCCCAGUCCUCAGCGAUGACUUCCUGGCCUGGGCCGGCCGAGUGAUCGGUCGGAGUUUUGCAGCCUCCGGACACAUUGACGACGGGAUUCUCAAGGAGUCCGACCUCCCCCAUUAUGGCAGAUUGACGUUUGAUGAGUUCGACUCUGAGUUGGCUCUGGUGAACCUCACACAGUCUCAUACGACGGACAGUAGUAGCAUAACUGCUGGGAUGGCAGAGGCUGCACUUCGCAUCGUCGUGUCCGAAGCUGCCAGUGAGGGCGACCAUGCGCUGAGCGCGGCCUGCCAAAGGGCCAUUUCACCACAGCUAUUAGCAGCAUCGAACUGGAACCCAUACCGAUGCCCGCCCUCUGACAUUCCGGCCACUUCCGUAGUCCCUGAAGACCAUCUAUAUUCUGCGGAAGCCUUUGCAACUUCCAGCUGGUCCCAGGAUCUUGCGGUUCAGUUAGCGAUGUCCGUACCUGGCAAUAUCCUGCUGAGCUCUUUACCGGGCUUGUUGCACAACAUCCGAGGUUUUGCUCUCCAAGCGUUUCCUUUCGUCCUUCAUCUGGUCUUGUUGCACGAAAAGGACAAGCACAAUACGGCACGUAAGAAGAUCUCGGCAGCAGCAAAGUCGUGGCUCAAACAAGACUCGGCGGCUGCUCUGGACAACAUGAGGGUGUUGCUGAAUGCUCUCCUAUAUCUACGCACGCAGAAGAUCCCGGGAGAGACAUCAAUCGCGGGGCGCACGCAGUGGCUCGAUAUCGACUUGUCAGCAGCUAGUGCUGCCGCCGCCAACUGUGGCAUGAGCAAAACAGCUCUACUCUUCAUUGAAAUCGCAAGCUCGGAGCCAUCGCGCACAUCUCGUCGGUCGUCAGCUGCGCGCGCUCUGGGCGAUACUGAUCUACUUCUCGAUAUUUUCGAGAAUAUCGACGACCCCGAUGCUUACUACGGCAUAUCUCAGGCAUCUAAUCUGGGCAGCGUAUUGUCUCGCAUCGAGUAUGAGAACGACGGGGGCAAAAGUUUGGCAUUCCGCGGAGCACAAUUUGAUAGCAACCUCCGCAACAACAUCACCGCUGCAAGAGCUGACAGCCAAUCGUUGGUUGGCAUUCUUAAUAACGUGGGACUUCCCGGCAUUGCCCAGUCACUUCUUCAGACACAGACGAGCCUUGAUUCGUCGAGCGUGACAGUCGCCAGUACCUUUAGCACUGCAAGAAGGCUCGAGUCGUGGGAUUUGCCUGUUCCGGCAUCCACAACGGACCCAUCCGUUGCAUUAUACAAAGCUUACCAGGGAUGCUACCAAGCAGACAGACUCACGGGAGCCAGAAGGGCUAUUUACAAUAGUCUCAGCGAGACGGUUCGUAUUGCUACUCGACAAAACCUGCGAGCAAUUGAUGUCCGCGAAUCUCUCAGAGUCCUUGCUGCCUUGACUGAGCUUGAUGAUGCACUGAACACGAAGGAUCAGGGGAAUGCAGAAAAGCUUCUCAAGGACUUUGAGGAUAGAUCCCAAUGGAUGCAGAGUGGCAGAUAUGAGGAUGUCGGCCAGAUUCUCUCGUGUCGUCAGACCACCUUGAGUAUGAUUUCGCGAACCGCUGAGUUAAGGGGACUUGCUGGACUUCAGCAAGCAGAAACAAGACUUACCGAGUUCAAGUCCAUGAUCCUCUCGUCUGGGAUAUACAGAUACCACAAAGCAACCCAGGAGUCUUUAAAUAUCGCUGUAUCCAUGGCAGAUCUUGUCAAGCCAAGCGAAGAGCUUGGGCUCUUUCUCGACUCUGCCGCGCGGGUCGAGAUGGCCAGUUCUCUUUGGGACCACGGGGAGAUGAUACCGUCUAUCCGCAUGCUCCAAGCAGUGGACGAAGACCGGGCCCUCGAGAAGCAGAGCAUUGUUGUGAGUCGACCGGCUCUGCUUGCCAAGAUCGGCGAUCAGAUGUCCACUGCACGACUCGAGAAACCCGAGACAAUCCAGAAGAACUACUUGCAGCCGGCGUUGAGAGAGCUCAAAGGGCAGGUCGAUGGCCGCGAGGCGGGCAAAGUAUAUCAUCAAUUUGCGCGGUUUUGUGACGAGCAAUUACAAAACCCGGACGGGCUAGAAGACCUGGCACGACUCCAGAGCUUGCGGCGGGGCAAGAAUGAUGAAGUUGCCCAGCUCAAGGAGUUAAUCUCCAGCGCAAAGGACUCGCAAGUCAGACACCGCUACCAGAAUCAUCUUGCCAAAGCCCGACAGUGGCUUGAGCUUGAUGAGCAAGAGCUCCGUCGUGUCGAGCAGAGCCGCGCGGAUUUUGUCAGGCGCAGCUUGGAGAGCUACCUUCUGUCACUUAUGGCAUCGGACGCUUACAAUGAUGAUGCACUGCGAUUCAGUGCCCUGUGGCUUGAAAGGUCUGGCGAGCAGUUGACGAACGAGGCAGUCGGGAAGUAUAUUGGCAAAGUGCCGACUCGGAAAUUUGCGCCACUUAUGAAUCAGCUCACCUCCCGACUGCUUGACCACGACAACUUGUUCCAAAAUCUCUUGACCGAGCUGGUGUAUCGCAUAUGUGUCGACCAUCCAUACCAUGGCAUGUACCAAAUCUGGUCUGGAGCACGAGCUCGCACCAAUUCCAAAGACGAAAUCGCCGUGUCACGACAGGAAGCCACCAAUAAGAUCGCCAGGCGGCUCGCGCAGACUGAGUCAUCGUCCAAGAUCUGGGCGGCAAUUGACAAGACGAGCAAGUACUACCACGGGCUUGCCGCGGAAAAGGAUCCGAGCCGGUAUAAAGCUGGUCAGAAAAUCGCCAUCUCUGAAUCCACUGCAGGAAAGAAUCUUGGCCAGGUCCUAGCCAAGUGGCGGAUCCCUCCACCCACAGCGCACAUCGAGCUCUCUCCAAGUCGCGACUACAGUCAUGUCCCAUACAUAGUCAAACUGGAGUCUCACAUGUCCAUCGCCUCAGGCGUGAGCGCACCGAAGAUCAUUACAGCGGUCGGAAGCAAUGGAGGAAGGUUCAAACAGCUGGUGAAAGGAGGCAACGAUGAUCUCCGCCAAGACGCCAUCAUGGAACAGGUAUUCGCGUCUGUUUCCGCAGUGCUGAAGAGGCACAGGGCUACGCAGCAGCGAAACCUUGGCAUUCGGACGUAUAAGGUACUUCCGUUGACCUCGGCUUCGGGCAUCAUUGAGUUCGUUCCCAACACAAUUCCGCUGCACGAAUACCUCAUGCCUGCACACGAGCGAUACUACCCGAAGGAUCUCAAGGGCAGUCACUGCCGCAAGGAGAUUAACAAUGUGUCCAACAAGUCCAACGAAGUUCGCGUGGCGACGUACAAAAAGGUUACCGAAAGAUUCCACCCUGUUAUGCGCUACUUCUUCAUGGAGAACUUUGUCGAUCCCGACGAGUGGUACGCCAAGCGCACGGCAUAUACGCGCACCACGGCGGCGGUGUCGAUUCUAGGCCAUGUCCUUGGCUUGGGCGAUCGUCAUGGGCACAACAUCCUGCUUGACUCCAAGACCGGCGAGGUGGUUCACAUCGAUCUAGGAGUAGCUUUCGAGAUGGGUCGAGUGUUACCCGUCCCGGAGCUUGUGCCUUUCCGCCUGACACGCGACAUUGUGGACGGCAUGGGCAUCACCAAGACCGAAGGGGUCUUCCGUCGUUGCUGCGAGUUCACGCUUGACGCGCUGCGCGAGGAGUCAUACUCGAUCAUGACGAUUCUCGACGUGCUCAGAUACGAUCCGCUGUACAGCUGGUCCAUCAGCCCUGUGCGCAUGGCGAAGCUGCAAGACACCCGCCAGGCUGACGGUGGUGGCGAGAAUAACAACGUGGCGGAUUCAGUCAUCGAAACACGUGGGGAGAGCAGGAGGAACGGAGGAGGAGGAGGAGGAGGAGGAGGAGGAGCGGCUGCCGCCGGGAUGAUCAACGAGCCGAGCGAGGCGGACCGCGCGCUCGAGGUGGUACGCAAGAAGCUCAGCAAGACGCUCAGUGUCACGGCGACCGUCAACGAGCUGAUCAAUCAGGCUACCGACGACAAGAAUCUUGCUGUGCUGUAUUCUGGCUGGGCUGCGUAUGCUUGAGCACCAGUAGGCGAAGCCUGCAGCCUACCGACAUGUCGGCAGGAAUCAUUUGGUGUAUGAGAACUGUGAGGUUCUGUUUUGGGAUCGGGCCGGUUUCCUUUUGUCUGUAGAAUAAAGUCCCAUGUAUAGUGUGCCUGGCAUAGCCUGUAAAUAGAUGAGUGCACCGAGACGCCGCACGGCAGCGGCUGAAGGUAUGUCUCUGCGUCCUGGACGGAGGCAGAAGUCCCAAAUAUUGGUUUUGGGUGAGCGCACACCACACCAACUCGAGGCAAAACCUGCGACAUUGCGAAUGGUUCAAUCGUCCCUUUUGAUCUAUACAUAAUUUGACUCACUCUCUGCUCUGCGCGGGC